CUCUCUCUCUCUCUCUCUCUCGUUCCCAAAUUCGACCAAAUAAAACCCUAAUCAACCAAUCCCCUCUCAUCGAUCUCAGUCGCAGGAUGUCUGGAUUCAGCAGCUUGGCCCCAAAAACCAAGAACUUAAUCGUGGCCGGAGGACUGUCGGGUUUCGUCCUCGGGGUAUAUUAUUACACCAUGAGAGCCGUCGGCGGCAGCGACGAGCUUCAGGUCGCAAUCGAUAAGUUUGAGGAAAUGAAGAAGAAUAGUAAGGAAUAAAGCCGAAACUACCGCCUAAGAUACUUUUCUAUCAACUUGCCAAAUCUAGUCAAAGUUGUGAAGAGCCUUUUCAAUGUUAUGGUCCAGGGAAAAGAAAAAAGACUGCUCAAAGUAUCCUUUUCUUAUCUUUUUGUUUUUUGUUUGAUUGUUGGUAGAGAUAGAGAUGUGAAAGUAAAGUAGAGAGUUCUCUGUAUUAGUUUUCUUGCUGUAACUGCGAAUUUUUGUUUUUGGAUUGGUUUGGAAGGGGAUUUGCUCUUUGCUUGCAGUACAUGAGCUUUCUUGUAAUAAAUCUUGCAGUAAUUUUUCUGCGCCGCAACA